GUCACCAGUUUCUUGUUUUUUCAUGCAAAAUUAACAUCAUAAAAGCGACAAAUGUGAUCACUCACAAUGUAAUAAAAGGCGGCUCUGUCUCAAUUCUCCUCACUCUCCUCUCUUCCUUCCUUCAUUUUGAACUUUUCUCACAGCUGAGAUUAUUUUAUCAAAAGCCUGGAGGAAAAUGGAAGUUAUGAUACCUUCCCGAAACCUGGAUUUUGAUUUCAACAAUGCAAAGUCUUCGCCGAAGCGAUUCGGGGAGUACUAUUUCAGUGCGCCCACGAGCCCUUCUCAGUUCUCUCAAUUCCCUGAGGAUUUCGAUGAUUUUUCCGAGGCUGGCAAUGAGGAAGAAGGCGGGGUGGCUUCCGCCGUGCCGUUUGACUGGGAAGAAAAGCCGGGCACCCCGAAAUCGCCCGUCAGGGUUAACAAUGGAGAUGAUUUUGCGUUUGAUGUGAGCCGAGAGUGGGAAAGAUCAGCCUCCCUGUCUGCGGAGGAGCUCUUCGAUGGCGGCGUGAUUAAGCCCCUGACGCCCCCGCCGCGGAUGCAAGUACUUCCUCAGGCGGAGGGGGUUAGUGAAAGCAGUUUGGCAUCUCCCCGGAAAUCGAUUUCGCAAACUAGGAAGAUAAUCCAGGGCGCCUUCUCGCCGCGGCACAAGAGUAAAGAAAGAGACCCUUUUGCUAUUGCAGCGGAAAACGCCGCGAAGGAGGCGGCGGGGCCUCAAAGAGGAAGAGAAAGAGGAAUGAGUACUCUGUCUAAAUCGUCGAGCCGAAGGGCGGCGCGGUCGCUUUCUCCGCUCAGGGAUACCCAAUAUCCAUGGCCAUGGGAAGAAGAAGAAGAAGAGAAAGAGAAAGAGCAACAGCAUGCUGCAGAGAAUUCUUCACCACCAGCUAAUUUCUGCUCAGCCCUGUCGGCGUCCACGAAAGGCCAGAAGAAAUGGAGGUUAAAGGACUUCUUCCUGUUCCGGAGCGCGUCGGAGGGACGCGCCGCCGCUGAAGACCCUCUAAAGAAGUACGCGGUGGGAGCCAGGCACUCGAGCUUCAGGGUAAUCGAGAGCCCAGGGUCCGGUUCGAGAAGAAGGGGACCGGUUUCUGCACACGAGCUGCAUUACACUGUGAACCGAGCGGUUUCAGAGGAUCUGAAGAAGAAAACGUUCCUGCCGUACAAGCAGGGGAUCGUGGGGCGCCUCGCAUUCAAUCCGACGGUCCACGCCCUCGCCAAUGGCUUCGGUUUUUCUCGUAAAUGAAUAAAAAUUAUAUAAUUAAUUA